GACGUUGCUUCCUUCCAACAUGGCGCUGACAGGUUGCUAAUAGAAAUCGGUGGGAGUUCCUUUCUGGUAUAUAGGAUAAUUGAUGUUUCUUUCUUAAUGUUCCAGUAUUCAGUUUUACUCAAAAAGAACACAACGGGAACAGUAUUCUGUCCACGGGACAGCAGGUCUGACAACGAUUCCAUUACAUCAUGUUUGAGAGUAAAACGAAAAACAUGUUUUUAACCCGAGCACUGGAGAAGAUUUUAGUCGAUAAGGAGGUGAAAAAAGCUCACCAUUCCCAGUUGCGCAAAGCCUGUGAGGUGGCACUAGAGGAAAUUAAAGAAGAAACAAAGAAGCUGAGUUCCCCCUCUGGGGAUGACCAGUCCGACUGCUGUGCCCUACCGCCCAUCAAGUCCAAAGGUACCGUCAUAGAAGCGGACAAGUAUUUCCUGCCUUUCGAAUUAGCCUGCCAGUCCAAAUGUCCCCGCAUCGUUAUCACAUCUUUAGAUUGUUUACAGAAACUCAUCGCUUAUGGCCACCUCACCGGGAACGCUCCAGACAACACUACACCUGGGAAAAGGCUGAUCGAUCGAAUCAUUGAGACCAUCUGUGGCUGCUUUCAAGGCCCCCAGACGGACGAAGGGGUUCAGCUGCAGAUUAUUAAGGCCUUGCUGACAGCGGUGACCUCCCAGCACAUUGAGAUCCACGAGGGCACGGUUCUGCAGGCCGUCAGGACAUGCUACAACAUCUACCUGGCCAGCAAGAACCUCAUCAACCAGACCACGGCCAAGGCCACCCUCACUCAGAUGCUCAAUGUCAUCUUCGCCCGCAUGGAGAAUCAAGUGCUCCAGGAGGCCAGACAGAUGGAGAAGGAGCGUCUGAGACAGCAGCACCUGCAGCAGUCGCCGGUCAGCCAGUCAAGUCAGGAGCCUCCGGUGUCCCCUCACCAGAACCAGGAGACCCCCGCCUCGCCUCAUCAGGACCAGGAGACCCCCGCCUCGCCUCAUCAGGACCAGGAGACCCCCGCCUCGCCUCAUCAGGACCAGGAGACACCCGCCUCGCCUCAUCAGAACCAGGAGACCCCUGCCUCGCCUCAUCAGAAACCCCCUGCCUCUCCUCUUUGCAGGCAGCACGCCUCCUCGCCACAGACCCCUACUUCCCCUCACCUGGAGCCCUGCGCCUCACCUGAACAUGAGCAGUGCACCCCCUCACACCUACCUCGGAGGGAGGCCACCCGGGUGCGUGAGCCGAACGCCCUCGAGGACCCGGAGGCAGAGAACGGCUCAGUGUUCUGCAGCGCUGAGAACGAUCAGACUGAAGCAGACCAAGCUACUGCAGCUGCUGCCAAAGGUUUGUCCCAGCAUGAUGCUGAAGGGCCUGGUGAGGAAGUUUCAGUUGACUAUGAGGAGGAAACUCAGGAGGUUGUCCAAACCAUACUGCAGGAAGUUGUCAACACAGUGGUUGGAGAAUGCAGGGAGAGUGUGUGCAGCACUACAGAGAGCAUAGAUGAUACGCCGGUCCCAGUGGUGCUGGAAGAGGAGGGUGGGCUGGGCAGCGACACCGAGAACGUCCAUGCCAACGGCAUCCCUGGGACGCCCAUAUCCACGGGCUUCACGCCCUCCCUGACCGACGACCGGCUCUCACUCUCUUCCAACGACACUCAGGAAUCCGGAGCAACAAGUGGCUCCUCCCCUGUUGCUAAGUUCUCCCAUAUCCUCCAGAAGGAUGCCUUUUUAGUGUUCCGCUCCCUCUGCAAGCUGUCCAUGAAGCCACUGUCAGAUGGCCCACCUGAUCCUAAGUCCCACGAGCUGCGUUCCAAGGUGCUCUCCCUCCAGCUUCUGCUGUCCAUCCUCCAGAACGCCGGGCCUAUCUUCAAAACUAACGAGAUGUUCAUCAACGCCAUCAAGCAGUACCUGUGUGUGGCGCUGUCCAAGAACGGCGUUUCCUCCGUCCCUGAGGUGUUUGAGCUCUCGCUCUCCAUCUUCCUCACCCUCCUCUCCCACUUCAAGACCCACCUCAAGAUGCAAAUUGAGGUGUUUUUCAAGGAGAUUUUCCUCUAUAUCCUGGAGACGUCGACCAGUUCCUUUGAUCAUAAAUGGAUGGUCAUCCAGAGCCUUACUAGAAUCUGUGCAGACGCCCAGAGUGUGGUGGACAUCUAUGUCAAUUAUGACUGUGACCUGAAUGCUGCUAACAUAUUUGAGAGGCUGGUCAAUUACCUGUCGAAGAUAGCCCAGGGCAGAGUGGGACAUGAGCUUGGCACCACACCUGCUCAGGAGCUCAGCUUACGGAAAAAGGGUCUGGAGUGCCUAGUGUCAAUCCUGAAGUGUAUGGUGGAAUGGAGCAAUGAUCAGUAUGUGAACCCCAACUCUCAGACCAGCCUAGGCCAGGAGAAACCUGUGGAGCAGGAUCCCAGCGAGAGCACCAAGACCCCAGAGACCAUCAACCGCUACGGCAGCCUGAACUCCCUGGACUCAACGGCCUCGUCCGGCAUCGGCUCCUACAGCACCCUGAUGUCAGGGACGGACAACGCCGAGCAGUUUGAGGUGCUCAAGCAGCAGAAGGAGAUCAUCGAGCAAGGCAUCGACCUGUUCAACAAGAAGCCGAAGAGGGGCAUCCAGUACCUACAGGAGCAAGGCAUGCUGGGUACCACACCGGAGGAUCUGGCUCAGUUUCUGCACCAGGAAGAGAGGCUUGAUUCUACUCAGGUGGGCGAGUUCAUCGGAGAUAACGAGCGCCUUAAUAAAGAGGUGAUGUACGCUUAUGUGGACCAGAUGGAUUUCCAAGGCAAGGACUUUGUCUCGGCUCUGCGUCUCUUCCUGGAGGGCUUCCGACUGCCCGGGGAGGCCCAGAAAAUUGAUCGGCUCAUGGAGAAAUUUGCGGCCAGAUAUUUGGAAUGUAAUCAAGGGCAAACCGAGUUCGCCAGUGCAGAUACGGCCUACGUUCUGGCUUAUUCAAUCAUUAUGCUGACAACAGACCUUCACAGCCCACAAGUGAAGAAUAAGAUGACUAAAGAGCAAUAUAUCAAAAUGAAUCGAGGAAUUAACGACAGCAAAGAUUUACCCGAGGAGUACCUGUCAGCCAUUUAUGAUGAAAUCGCUGGGAAGAAGAUAGCCAUGAAUGAAACAAAAAAAUUAACCCUGAAAUCGAACAAGCAAAGUGUGGCCAGUGAGAAGCAGAGACGUCUGCUGUAUAACGUAGAGAUGGAGCAGAUGGCCAAGACGGCCAAGGCCCUGAUGGAAGCAGUCAGCCACGUCCAGGCUCCCUUCACCAGCGCCACGCAUCUGGAUCAUGUCAGACCCAUGUUCAAGUUGGCCUGGACCCCAUUCUUGGCCGCGUUCAGCGUGGGUCUUCAGGACUGCGACGACACCGAAGUUGCCUCCCUGUGUCUGGAGGGGAUUCGCUGUGCCAUCCGGAUCGCCUGCAUCUUCACCAUCCAGCUGGAGCGGGACGCGUAUGUUCAGGCCCUGGCCCGGUUCACCCUGCUCACAGCCAGCUCUGGGAUCUCGGAGAUGAAGCAGAAGAACAUCAACACCAUCAAGACUCUCAUCACGGUGGCCCAUACUGAUGGGAACUACCUGGGCAACUCCUGGCAUGAGAUCCUGAAGUGUAUCAGUCAGUUGGAACUGGCCCAGCUGAUCGGGACUGGGGUGAAGGCUCGCUACAUCUCAGGGACGGUCCCGGCCAGAGGUGGCCUUCUUGCCAGCCUGAGAGAACAGGCCUCGGACAGCUCAGAGUACCUCGGACUGGUUGGCGGUAAUGUGGACCGUAAACAAAUAGCCUGUAUCCAGGAGUCCAUUGGAGAGACGAGCUCCCAGAGUGUAGUGGUUGCUGUUGACAGGAUAUUUACUGGUUCUACCAGACUCGAUGGCAAUGCAAUAGUGGAUUUUGUCCGAUGGCUGUGCGCUGUAUCAAUGGACGAGCUUGGCUCCCCAACACAUCCACGCAUGUUUAGCCUUCAGAAGAUUGUGGAGAUUUCCUACUACAACAUGGGCCGCAUCAGGCUUCAAUGGUCCAGAAUUUGGGAAGUCAUUGGGGACCAUUUUAACAAGGUUGGAUGUAACUCCAAUGAGGAUGUGGCUAUAUUUGCUGUGGAUUCCCUGAGGCAGCUGUCUAUGAAAUUCUUAGAAAAAGGAGAGCUAGCCAACUUCCGAUUCCAGAAGGAUUUCUUAAGGCCUUUUGAACAUAUCAUGAAAAAGAACAGGUCUCCUACCAUUCGAGACAUGGUGGUUAGGUGUAUAGCUCAGAUGGUCAACUCCCAGGCUGGGAACAUCCGGUCGGGGUGGAAGAACAUCUUCUCAGUGUUCCACCUGGCCGCCUCGGACCAGGAUGAGAGCAUCGUGGAGCUGGCCUUCCAGACCACCGGCUACAUAGUCACGAAUGUAUUUGAGAAGCACUUCCCGGCCACAAUCGACUCCUUCCAGGAUGCUGUUAAGUGUCUGUCUGAGUUUGCCUGCAACGCUUCCUUCCCGGACACCAGCAUGGAGUCCAUCCGCCUCAUACGCCACUGUGCCAAAUAUGUAUCUGAGAGGCCACAGGCUUUCAAGGACUACACCAGCGACGACAUGAAUGUAGCCCCGGAGGACCGGGUUUGGGUGCGGGGGUGGUUCCCCAUCCUGUUUGAGCUGUCCUGUGUCAUCAACAGGUGUAAACUGGAUGUCAGGACUAGGGGAUUGACCGUGAUGUUCGAGAUCAUGAAGACAUACGGUCACACCUACAAGAAACACUGGUGGCAGGACCUCUUCAGGAUCAUCUUCAGGAUCUUUGACAAUAUGAAACUGCCCGAGCAGCAGACCGAGAAAGCUGAAUGGAUGACCACCACCUGCAACCAUGCACUUUACGCCAUCUGCGAUGUCUUCACUCAGUACUUUGAGUCCCUCAGCGAUAUUCUCCUGGACGAUAUCCUGUCCCAACUGUACUGGUGUGUGCAGCAAGACAAUGAGCAGUUGGCGCGCUCAGGAACCAACUGUCUGGAGAAUGUGGUCAUUCUGAACGGAGAGAAGUUCAGCCCGGAGACAUGGGACAAAACCUGCAACUGUAUGCUGGACAUCUUCAAAACCACCAUCCCUCAUGCGUUGUUGACAUGGAAACCAGCAGGAGCAGAAGGGGAGGCCAUUCCUCAGUAUGACCCCUCAAACCUGGACUCUAUAUCCCAGAAGUCAGUGGACAUCCAGACUCACACAGAGGACCAGCAGUCGGUAUGCAGUGUGGACUGGAUCUCCCUGGAGAACCAGAGGCAGAGGACAUACAACGGACCGUCAGACACACAUGAGGACAGCCUCAGAGCAAGGACCCCGGCCAAGGUGCAGGAGCAGAGGUUAUUCUCAGCGCUGCGCAUUAAGUGCGUGGUUCAGCUGGAGCUCAUCCAGACCAUCGACAACAUUGUCUUCUUCCCGGCCACCAGUCGGAAGGAGGAUGCGGAAAACAUGGCCGCCGCACAGAGAGACACGGUGGAUGCCAGUGUACACCUGGAGGCCCAAGAUCAGGGAAUGUACCGCUAUCUGACCUCAGAGCAGCUCUUCAAGCUGCUGGACUGUCUUUUAGAGUCCCACCACUUCGCCAAGGCCUUCAACUCCAACAACGAGCAGAGAACAAUCCUUUGGAAAGCAGGUUUCAAAGGGAAGUCCAAACCCAACCUGUUAAAGCAGGAGACAAACAGCCUGGCUUGUGGCCUCCGAAUCCUGUUCCGCAUGUACACCGACAACAGCCGCAAGGCAGCCUGGGAGGAGGCACAGAGACGACUGCUUAAUGUGUGUGGCGAGGCCCUGGCCUACUUCCUCACGCUGACAUCAGAGAGCCACAGAGAAGCCUGGACCAAUCUGCUCCUACUCUUCCUCACAAAGGUGGUGAAGAUCAGCGAUGACCGGUUCAAGGCCCAUGCGUCCAGGUACUACCCGCUCUUAUGUGACAUCAUGCAGUUUGACCUGAUCCCAGAACUGCGAGUGGCGCUCCGUAAGUUCCUCCUCCGAAUCGGCAACGCCUUCGACAUCUCGCUGCUGACCAGUCCCAGAGAGGAGCUAGGGCCUGCUGGGAGCCAGUGACAUAACUUGGGGACCAGCACAGGAAAAAAGCUCCUCUUACAGUCCCUGUAUGGGGUGGGAUUGGAGGACUGCAUCCCAAAUGGCACCCCUAUUCCCUACUUAGUGCUUUACCUUUAGGGCUCUGGUCAAAGUGCACCAUGUCGGGCAUAGGGUGCCAUUUGGGACAGGUGAAGAGGUGUAAUGUCUUAAACCCUCUUACUGUGAACUCUGACCCUUUGAGGGCCACAAGGCAAUCCUUAAAAGGGACUGCAGGAAAUUGGAGGUGGUGGACCCGGAAGCUCUUCCAAGAAUCCCCCAGGCUGUACACAGUCUAGCCCUCGUCUGUGAGGUAAACUAUUGACAGCAGUGAAGUGUGGCCCACAAAAGCACUGAAUGAAUGGCUGCUGGAAAGCUUUGUUUUACAACGUGUAGAAAAUUCCAUAAGCUCAUACUGAUGAUGAAUAUAAUAAUGCAAUUAUUCCGGUAAUGUUUUUCCCCAACUGACCGGAGGGCUAACUAAUAUCAUCGAGGGUUUGAGGUGAGCUUUUGAUGUAUCUUUUAUGAAACUGAGAUAUGAAAAGUUUAGUGGGAAGGACGAUUAACAUUAGCAGUGAUUUUCUUUUGCACAGCCACUAGGUAUCAAAAGCAUCAGCAGCCCUCAAAUACAACUAGACAAAUCAAAAGUAGCGUUGUAGUAUUUUAAGGUACUAAAACCUGUUUGUUUUCAUUUGAAAUCUAACAGCACUAUCAGCAUUGCACUCCUGGCAGCGCACUGGGAUUUUCUCACUACUUUCCAUGGCUCUAAUUUGUCUGUUGACAUAUGAAACUAAUGUAUUAAAACAAGUAAACACUAUUCCAUUUUAUAUGUAUAUACUGUAGUAUUUUAUUUAAAUUAAAAACAAAUUUGAAUUUGCUAAAUCAUUUCACCUGAAACGUCACCUCAUGUUAGAUGUACUGUCAUUUUUGCACAGAAAACAUGUCUGCUUGGGUUAGAAGUUGAUGUUAUGAAAUUCAAGAUACACAUACUGUGGUGUACUAAUGCUGUACUAAUAAUGUUUGGGUUAAAGUGUUUCUUGGAGCUGGGAUUCAUUCAAACCUGCUAUAGCAAUGUUUACGCAGCGUCUUUUUUGACAAUAUUCAUUCCGUGCCCACACACUUAUAAUUAUGAAAUGUAACAGCAGAAAAUGGGAGAGUUACCAUGGGAGUAGUUCUUUUUACAGUACUCAAGACCAGUCUGUGAAUUAAUUUGACCAUGGGGAAAAAUGUGUUACUUGGUAAAUACUGCAAUGCGGGUUUGAUUGAAUUGAGCCCUCUGUUACAUUGGGAAAUGAGAUGUAAGUGAAUGUUUUUUUAUGGCAAUUCAGUGCUGUACAACUCUGUACGCGGUAAUCAUCUGGAACGCUCAGUCAAUAAAAUCUUUGCAAUGACAUGCAAUAGAAGUAAGCUUAA